AUGAGCUCAAGUUUGCCACCAUCCAUGAAGUUGGAGAUCAAUCCGUUUUUUAACAUAAUUUCUUAUACCGAACUGGGCAUGCGUCAAAGAAGCACUGAUCUGACUACAACCGCGUGGUGUGGGAUGCUCGGGGCUCCAGUCAGGACUCUAGUAGCUCGUUCCUUCCCCGCCCCCGAGUGUGCGGAGAUUUCGAUCUCGCGCCCUUCACGUACCUUCACUCUGUACGCACUGCUUUCGCGACAAAUCUUGACUGCAGAAGGGUUGUACAACUCGACGCCCAUGAUCGGCUCAGAUUGGGGCAAACUCGUGCAUCUCAUCGCUGUCAUAGAUUACAAGCAGGACAUCGACGUUUCAAGUCGAGGUAGACUUAAGAUUACGACGACAGUCACGACACCCAAUGGCCCGACAGUUCAACGUGCUGAGAUGUUGCCAGGAACGCGCUCCUCACCGUUCAAGAUCGACCCAAUUAUAUCCGAGGGUUCUCACUGCCGGCUUCAUAUCCAGCGUCCAGAACUACGUAGACGUGUGGUGCUGCUUAGCGCGGAACGGAAGAAGCUGGUCUGGCAACGGGAAACGACACAAUGGAACGUCGAUUCUAAUGCAACCACCCCACCAGCUACAAAAUUUUCUGGUUGGUAUAACAUCUGGACCCCUACAAAACCUUCGCAUUUAGGACUGGAUUGGAUUGAAGAGUCGCAAUUGCUGAAUCUGCGACCAUUGAGGAAUGUGCAUGGAGGAAAGAGGCGCGAUCACACAAAUCUACCAAAACGAUCACCUGACGAGCACCCAGCGAACACCCACAAAACCGGCAACAAUCUCCCACAAACCAUUCCGAGCCUUGCAGUGCCCUUUACAGCUGCGAACAAGACGAGGAGAACGGGAAAAUCUACAACACUGGAGCCUGAGGACAUCCAUGACGAGGUCAACAACUGGAGAGACUCACAAGGAAUCCAGUGUCCAGCCAUCCCACGGCGACCCCCGCAAUCUUCACGUUACGAGUCCGUCCUUCACGUUCAGGUUCUUGAGAUAUAG